GUUCGUUCGUGUGUGUGUGCGUCGAGUGAGGAGUGUGUGUGUCUUCCUCUGAGGCGACUCACCCACAUUCGUCUCGUCGACGGACAUGUGCUCAUCUCGACUUUGUGCAUUUACGCUGCUAUCGCUGUGAAUCAUACGCCCACGGCUGCGGAGUACACGCGUCGCGAUUGUCCAUUUAAGCAUGACGGUCAGCGAGCCGGAGUUCCGUCGAGCACUUUCGGAUUUCGUGCUCAAAGUCGAUCAAUUGGGGAAAAUUGAACGAUGGACGCUCCAUAAGUCCGAACUCGGAAUAUGCGCCAAACAAUCUGUGAUGGUAAAAUUUCGUGGAGAAGCCGUGAAUCGUCAAAUACACAUCACAUAUAACGCUACAUACAGUGUACCCGUACUAUGGUUCAAUUUUUACCGACGAGAUGGCACACCACUAAGCACAUCGGAAGUGUUGGAGAUGUCAAGCAAUGACGAUACAAUGGAUAUCACACAAUACAUAUCACUGAAUGAGCAUCCAAUACUUGGCGUGCUCUUCUACAACAUUCACCCGUGUAAAACCAAGGAUAUCAUGAAUGAGCUUACGGGGAAGGGCAACUAUAUUGCAAAGUGGCUCUCUGUUUAUGGUGCUCCGAUAGGCGUCACGUUACCCGAUGCCAUUUUCACUUCAAAGGCGCUUUCGCAGCGUUCCGAAGACGCAUCGCAGAGUUCCGAUGAUGGUUCACUGAGCACUCUCGAUAUGUAGUUGAGUCUACUGGUGUUUUAGCCACAGAAUUGGAUGCAAGUGUAGAACGAGAAGACGACUCGUACCCACAACUGGCGGCCUCUACGAUGCUCAUGCAGAACGCUUCCGUUAACGAUGUGUUGAUGAAGAUCUAAAGUUUACUUACAUGUUUACUACAUUUAUUAUGAACUUUAAUGUACAAGAGAGUUGUUUGCAGUUUUGUUACCUCUGUAUAUGUUAUAUAAGAGCUUUACAUACUCUGAUUGGUCCAUCUACCGGUGUUAUACAUAUGCUGAAAAUUUUGUUAGGAUGUUUUCGUACCGAACAUCUCGCUGUUUGCAUAUGUACUAGUAAUAAAAUGAUAGCGAAG